UGAUAAAAUGAUAUUGGAUUAGUGUCAAUCUAGUGCUUAGUUUCUGAGCAACAACGUCGUGAUGAGUUGAGAUUUGACCGAAGUUCAUGAAUAUUUUAGCCUAAAUUCAACAUUUAUAAUGCGUUUUAAACCGUAGAAUAUUUUUUCAAAGCAACAGAUAAAUUUGAAAUCAAUAUGGCAAUAGAAAGUUGCCAAGUUCUUCUUGCAAGCGUUUAGUUAACGAGACGAAAUUUCGGGUCCUGGAGUUGGCCACCCUGCGUGAAAGAUCAGCUGUGGGGUUGCCGUUGCCGGCUUCACGUCCACACGGCUCAGUGUUGUGCGUUGUACUGACUGUGUUGCAUCUCGUGGCAUCCAUCGUCCAGAUCCGAUUCAGUUAUCAACGAAGUUUGUUAUUCUAGUAAGAAGUGUCGGUGUGACUUUCCUUCAGAAUUUUAUCCAGACUACUACACUAUGUCCUGAGGAACUUUGUAAGAAUAUUAUUAUGAAUAAAGCUUGGUGAAACUGAGAAAUUUUUCUCAGGAAGGGAUGGCGACCUCUCUGACAGGAGUGGGCGUGGUUUGGGCACUUCUCUCAUUGGCAGCUGCUCUGCUAUGCUGUUCGGGAUUCUAUCUUCCAUUUUGGAUCCAGGGUAGACUACUGGGAAAAGUUGAUGCCUACUUUUCGUCUUUCAGAAGAUGCAACUAUCCUAGAGUAACUACGCAGGGCGUAGUCGAAAUAGUACACGAAUGUGGGCGGUAUUCAAGAUUCCGCGACAUUCCAUCAGUGUGGUGGCAGGCGAGCACAGUGCUGGUGGGAGCUGGCAGUGCAUUGAGCCUGCUGGUGGCAGUAACUGCCCUGGCUGCCUGCUGCAUCAGCUAUGUCGUACACACUGCCACUGCGCGCGCUGCCGGAUGCAUUCAGCUGCUGGCUGCUCUCCUAGUAUGUGGUGGUAUAGUAGUGUACCCAGUCGGCUGGGACAAUAGGGAAGUAAGAGACUGUUGUGGAAACGAGUCUCAUGUAUAUAAAUUAGGGACAUGCCAACUGUCGUGGUCGGCGUAUCUGAUAGGCGGAGCCGUCCUACUGCUGGUGCUCUGUUUUGGCAUGAGCUUCUGUGCGGCGCGAGGCAAAUCGCCCGCUGCCUCCUUCAGGUUCUGACCACACCUCUCCAACUAAGCCCGGCUGCCCAAUGGCCAGCAACCACAACACGAAAUGGUCACCAGAUUCUGACACCAACUCAUUCACAUUCACGUCAACUCAUUCUCCAACAAACAAUGAUAAACUCGCACCGCUGUACUGAAUUGGAUCGAAAUUGGGGGCAUGGAAGAUUCUUUAUAUAUAUAGUUGCGUACAGACUUAUGUGCCACGAACAUUUCGCUUUCCAUCAGCUGAUGCUAUGCUCACUUACAGAAACAGUACCGUAAGAUACAGAUAUAAUAAUCAUAGCAUCAGCUGAUGAAAGUGAAAUGUGCUGAUGAAAUACGCGUGUUCGUUGCGCUCUAGUCUGUAUGCACUUCAUGAUUCAUUGACUCUACACAGAUUUGUUGCAAAAUUUCUCUACAUUGAGUUGAAUGGGUAUUCCACCUUGACUCAUAAUAUUCAUAGAUUGACUAUUAUGUUGUCAUCAGUUGAUUAUGUCAUCAUUAUUAUCGAGUAUUGAUAGUGUUAUUCAGUGUUGUUAUCAGUUACUGGAUGUAAUUUAUAUGGAGAGUGUCAGAUUAUUAAACCAUGAGCUACGUUUACUCAGUUGUAAUAAAAUCUUAUUCUUAAUGUGGAGGUAAUUUAUAUCCACUAAAUAUUAAUCUGAUACAGGAUUAUAUUCUAUUGGAAUGCAUCUUAGAACAGUAUUAUGAAUUUUAGAAUCAAACGUCGAGAACAGGAUGAGAACUUAGUAUUGGAAUAAUGAAAAGAAAAUCAUUUCUGAAUUUAAACAAAAGUAUGUGAAAAUUCUAUUGGAUGGGAAAAUUCAUCUAGGCCUACUAAUGAUAGGAAUCCAAAUAUUCGCAUUGUUAUCGUCUUAUAUGACGGUAUAGUGAUGUGAAAGAAUAUUACAACUUUGAAAAAAAUUGCCAAUAUGUUUGUAAAUUAGGCCUAUCAUUGAAAUUUACCGCAAUAAUGUACAUCUCUUCUCAAUCAUUUUUCAAUAUGAUAUUGUUAGUGCAUCCCAACGAGACGAUAUUCUUCAAGCUAUAAGAAGCAUAAACAUAAGGGACAUCAUUGCAAAGUAACUUAUUUAUAACCUGAUUGUUUCCCAUGUAUGGAAAUAAUAAAAUCUACUACAGAAACUGUAUUACACCUAAUCAGUGAAAUUUAUUAUACAGUCUCUUCAUACUUAAAUAAGAAAAUUCUUCAUAAUAUUGCGAUUUUCAUCAUUGUGAAUGUGUGAAAAGUUUAUCAAAUUAUAGAAAAAUCCAUCAAGCUCACAACUAGAUACAUACAAAUUGAAAUCCAUCACAUUAAUAAAGAGCACUCGCAGUUUCUCGCCAAAUCUACACUGAUGUUGGGAGAGACCACAUUCUACAUGGAAUAUAAUGUUACAACAAUAUUAUCAUUUUUUAUUGAAAUUUCAAGUGACCUUAUUGAUAAUAGGAAUGCAUAAUAUUCCAAUCAUAAUCUUUGAAAAUGAACUGGACAUUGUGUUGUGGAACAGCCAUUGGAGCAAGGAUUUGCAUCCAUUACUAGAAUGCUUGGUAAUAUCAUCAUUGCUGAGCUUGGAGUAGUGGUGACUGAGUUGUACGAUAUCGUUGAGGGGAAUAAUUGUGUUUGUGUUCAUUGAUGUUUACUUCCUUGUGGAUGCUGGUUAAUAUUAGUUCGAGUCUUUAUAUCAAACACUCCAGCUUGCUGCAUGUAGUUUAUUACGAUUGAAAUUAUUGCAAUUAAUAUUGACUCUUAGAUACUACCAAACUUACACUAGCCAAAGUUUGACAGUCAUGAAGUUUCGGUAGGCCUACACUCAAAUGUAUGAAUUGAUUUUCACACUUGUCAACAGCAGAGUUAUGGGUAAGUCCAGAAUUUUAUUCAGUUUGCUCAAACAUGUUAUGAUUCCCAAAAUAAUGAGUUAGGCCUACCGUACUUGUUUUAUAUACAAUAAGAGAAAACAUUACCGUGUAUACUAUUAUCAAGCAUAGUUCCAUGUCAAAUAUGGAAGAUCUAAUAUUUAUUUUUCAUAUAUAAUAAUAUUAAUAAACCUAUAAUCAACUAAGUUCAUUUCCUUUCCCUUGUUUUAUCUAAUAUUAUUUUUAAUUAUUCCAAGAAAGCAUUGCAUCGUCAAAUGAGCUGAAAAUGCUUGGAUGCAGUUAAAAAAUUGAAAAUGAAGUCCAUAUUUAUAAAGAUCAAAAACAUUACAAUAUUGUCAAUAAAAUAUAGAAUGAAGUCGAUGUAAUUAUACGAUGUUGAAGAUUGAAAUAAAUAUGAUAUUGAAAUUAUUGAAAUGCUACAAUAGGUAUAUUAAUAUAACAGUUAUUGAACGGAAAUCGAAAUUUCCCUGAAGACUCCACCUGCCUUUACCCUCAAAUCUCAAUGUUGCAGUUGCAGGGGUAUCAGAGUAGCUGAUAUCAUGCGAUAUCAAUUUGAGUUUUCAUUUAUUAAUAUUUUUAUCGAUGGAAUAUAUAACUACAUAUAUAUUUUCAUAAUAUAAUGAUAGUUGACCUUCACAUCACUACUACUCCUUACCGCUAUAUUAUAUAGGUAACAUAUUUUCAUCAGCAAUGAUGAUAACAGCUCUUUCUAGGUAAAAUAGCUUACUUGUAUGGUGAAACCAUACAGCCAAGUGAUAAAAAUAAUUGUAUAUAAAUCGUCACCUUGCUCAUGUAAAUAGAAAUUUAGCCUGCAAAUUUCCCAUUGUAAAUACUGAUAAUAAUAGUUACUUGAAAUGUAUCGUAAUAUAAUAUUGUAUUAAUCGCAUUUCUGCCGGUGUAAAUAAUCGAUUCAGAGUAGCUAUUCACAUUAUGAAAUUUUUGCUGGGCAUUCAAAUUGAUUUGAAUAUUUAUUUCAAUUUCAAUUCCAUUGAUGUCAUGCAUUGUACAAUAAUACAAUAUUGACACAAGUCAAAUAUAUAGUAACAUUUACAUUGGUACAUUACAUUGUAAAAAUAUUAAGAUAUUAAAAUGACGAAAAUAACUCAAUACGAUGACAAGUUGACAAGAAUCACAUCAUUUUAAAAACCUCUCGAUUCAAAAAGUUCCAUUACACUGUAAAAGGAUUUUUCGAUCAGCCAGUCCUUCAACUUGUUCCUCAACAAAACUUCUGAUUCAAUUUCAGAUGUAACAGGUGGGAGAGAGUUUAAUAUUUUCCUGCUCAUGUGAUCAGGACUACCUUGGAAAAAAUACGUUCUAUGAGCAUUCCUAGACCUCGCGUUGUACCCGUGUAUAUCUGAUCCUCUAGCCAAGGAAGCUCUAUGUUUGAGUCGAUGUAGUGCAGCCUCGAGUAUGUAUAGACAGGGAAGGGGCAGAAUCCUUGCACUUUGAAACAGUGGCUUGCAAGGGGUUGUGGGAGGUUUCCCCAGCACCAUCCUGAGCACUCGCUUCUGUGCCUUGAAUACUCUGACAAUUCCAGUUGAUGAGUCACAAAAGAUCAAGCCGUAUGUCAGUAGCGGUUGAAAGUAUCCAUAAUAAGCCACGAAUACUUCUUUCUUGUUCAGACUCGUCAUUAAUCUUGAGAUAGCAAAUGUCGCCCUACUAAGUCGCUUAUGUACAUGAUAAUACCAAGUACCCACUGUAGGGUACUUAAUGUGCAUGCAUGCGGAUUUAUUUUGUUAUGAAUAAGUUGAUUAUAUAAUCAUCGAUUUUUCUCUCAGGGUCAUAUUAUAUAAAGUUGAUUCACGCAAUACCAGUAUGCAUAUAAUUAUAAGAUGUGCUUCAGAACAAUGCGUAUUAAUGUGAACUUUUUAUAACACAAAUGAACAGAUCAUUUGGUAAAUUUCAGUUUUUCAAGUGAAUGGAGUAGGCAGUGUUUUAUAAAUACGGUACAGUGAGUAUACUGAAAAUUCAAUAGAAAUUUGUAUUGAAUUCAUCAAUUUCGAUCUGGAUAAUGUAACUUAUAUCAUUCUAUUAUUGAUUGUAUUCGGUUCAUAUUCAAUUUUGAAUGCCCAAUCAAUUUCAUUACGAUGUAGCUUGCAAUUUUCGAGGAGUUAAUAAUUUGUUACAUAAGCAAAAUAUUUUUCUACAUUAGAAUACAUUUUUUAUAAUUGAGGCUUGCACUAAUUAGGAAGAUAAGUAUAUUUCGUGUUAUUCAAAGUGUAACGCAACUGGAUGUUAUUUUACUAUGUUUCAGUAUGGUAACUUGGAUUCAGCCUUCAUAGAAGGCAUUCGAAAAGGCACUAUUCUCAAUAAACCGCAACGUGUACUGCAUAAUGUAGCUUUAUUGAUGUGUUCAUUAUAUUGAUGUGUCACUUGUACUUAUACAGAAUAUCUAAUAAGAUAUUUUUUAGAAGAAUGAAAAGUCAGAUAUUUAUGUUUCUGUCAGCACUAUUUAUAAGUUCACCAAUAAUAUGAAGCUAUUCCAGAAUUGAAUAUUAUGUAUAGUACCGCAAUCAAAUAUUUUGUAUGUGAUUCUGACAAUUCAGAAUAUCCAUCGUACUUGUUUAUAAUAAAUAAGAACCAUGACACGUAAAUUCAAUUCAUUAAAAUAUUCCACGUUUAACUCUAUGAUUUGAAGUGAUAUAUUCAUGAAUAGUCUUGGAUGAGGAAUGAGUAUUUAUUUUUAAAUGUUGUUUUUAAUCUCAUAAGAGAAAAAUUUUUUGGAGAGAAUAAAUAUUGAGGUAUUUAUAAAUA